AUGGCUGUGACUGCCUUCCCUUCACUCGGGGAUUCCCCCGAUCUCACCCUCCUCAACACUGCCCGCCUCUUCACCCGCCUCGAACACAAUCUCCUAUCACCGGGCACAGAGCUCCGCACUCUACGCGGCUCCGAGUUUCAGCGCAUGCGCGUAGCCAAGAAUGUCGAAUACGCACGCAACCUCCUCUCACAACUUGAACGAUCUCUGCCCCAAUUGAAAUCCCUAGACCGGCGACAUGAGGCACAGGAAGAGCUUGUGCGCGACAGACAGCUUCUGAAGCGCAUGCAAGCCGUACUAGACGAAGAGGAAACCCGAUCCAACGAGAACGAAACCGAGGUAGACGCAGAAUGGGAGGAAUUAUUCUCGAAACCGCUCGCGGAAACAGUCACAAAAACCGAAUCACAAGAGCCCCAAAUACACAUUAAAGAAGAAAAAGUCGAACCCGUCACCUCAGUACCUGCAACAUCUACAGCGGCACCGCCUACAUCCACGGCACCACCAACCCUCCGAAAUAGAACAAAUCAAAAACCACCGGCAAUGGACUCUGCACAAGCAUCCGGAAGCAGUGUCUCUAAAAACGAAAAAGAGCAAGCGCUUAGCACCCACCGCCUCGAACAGGAGGAUCUGACUAGUUCACUCGUUUCUCUUGCUAGUCAACUUAAGGCUUCGUCGCAGUCGUUCCAGAUGACGUUGGAGAACGAAAAGUCUGUGCUUGAUCGGGCGGUGACGGGAAUGGAUAAGACUAGUGCGACUAUGGAAGCUGCGGGGAAGAGGAUGGGGAUGUUGAGGAAGAUGUCUGAGGGGAAGGGGUGGUGGGGUCGAAUGAUGCUCUAUGCAUGGAUUUUCGGGUUAUGGGUUAUUGCUAUUUUGAUUGUUUACGUUCUGCCGAAAUUCAGGUUUUAG